AUGUUCGCGCUGGUGACCGUCAUAAUAGAGGCUCUGGUUCUUCCGAAGCAAACACCGGUGGCUAGGACAAGAGAAUCCGACCAAGUUGGCGACGAAAUCGAAUGCCUCGUGUCCUAUUCACUUGUCCAGGUCAUACGAUCUGCCGAAGAUGAAAUGGCGAGGUCUAAAGACUAUCAGCGGAAGCAAUCUCUUCCCUGUGAACUGGCAGCAGAACUCUUGAACCUCAAGCCUGGAAUGCGUACAAAGUUUGGUAAAGACUCUGACUCAGAGUUGCUUCUCGAGUUCACAUGGGCUAUCCAGAAACGGGCACCGGCUGUUGAAGUAUAUCUAGCGCUGAGGGUGAAGGUGAAUGGCGAGGUUGCGAGGCAAUCAACGUUUGACUGUCUAGCUGGACUCGCAUCUUACUAUCGCGGGACGCCGUCGGACACCGAUCAAUGCAAAGAGAGAGUCUCAGGAGAAGACAUGGUUCUUGAACAAAUGUUGAAUCAGAAUACGAAGGCAGCUCCCAAUUCCUUCUUUAUUGUCUCACACAGCGUUGUUGGUCUGGUUAUCGGUACCGUGGUUAAGACGCACACCGUUCCUUUGCUCUUGACGCGGAAGACUUCCACCACCCUCAUUACCGCUGGCCCGCAUUGUAUUAGCAACGCUGUUGCAAAAAUUAUCGACCGCCAUACAACAACAAUAGAACGUAAAGUCCAUGGAGAUGUCUCAUUUUUGGGAAAUGAAUGUUUGAAGCCAAGAGGCGUGCUAGCCGUAUUCCUCCCUCCCACAUCAUCGGAAAAAGAGUAG